AUGUCUUUCUCAGUACAAGAAUUGGACAACACUGUCCGCGCCUUCUAUGAGGGCAAAGGCGAUGUGCAAAAACAAGCACAACAAUCCUUGACCGAGUUUAAACAAAAUCCUGACGCGUGGUUAUCGGUGGGAGAGAUCUUACAGGAAUCGUCUUACUCCCAAACAAAAUAUCUCGGAUUGCAGGUUCUAGAUGAGGUUAUUAUGACAAGAUGGAAGGUCCUACCACGAGAUCAAUGCCAAGGAAUUCGCAACUUCGUCGUCAAUUUGAUCAUCGAGCAUUCGAAAUCCGAAGAGAAACUCAAAAGUGAACGCGCGUUCUUGAACAAACUGAAUCUCGUCCUCGUCUCGAUAUUGAAGCAGGAGUGGCCCCAUAACUGGCCAACCUUCAUCAAUGAAAUCAUUUCCUCGUGUCACACCAGUCUGUCUAUAUGUGAAAACAACAUGGCUAUUCUUCGAUUGUUAUCGGAGGAGGUUUUUGAUUACUCGCAGGAUCAGAUGACAUCUACCAAAGCCAAGAAUCUCAAGACAACGAUGACCCAGGAGUUUUCAUCGAUAUUCCAGCUAUGUUCCGAGGUCCUGAACACUGCGAAUCAGCCUGCUCUGAUCAAAGCGACACUGGAAACGUUGCUCCGGUUUCUCAACUGGAUUCCCCUCGGCUAUAUUUUUGAGACACCUAUUAUCAACACUCUCCUUACUAGGUUUCUCGAUGCGCCGGAAACUCGCAAUGUGACACUGAAAUGUUUGACUGAAAUCGGGGGUCUUCAGAUCGGUCCUCAGUACUCCUAUGACGAGAAACUAGUGUUAAUGUUCACCGAGACUCUCACGCGGGUGGCUAAAAUCAUCCCACUCACUUUGGAUCUAAAGAGCACUUACAUGAAUAGCAAUUCCAGAGACCAGGAGUUUGUUCUAAACCUAGCUCUGUUCCUAUGCAACUUCUUCAGCGUGCAUCUCAAUCUUAUUGAAAAACUGCCCAACUUGGACUAUCUAACCCACGCACACUUCUACCUCAUCCGAAUCAGCCAGAUUGACGACCGAGAAAUCUUCAAGAUCUGCUUAGAGUACUGGACCAAGCUCGUGCAGGAGUUGUAUGAAGAGAUGCAACAGCUCCCGAUCACCGAUAUCAAUCCUCUAGUAAGCAUGGGUGUCAGCGGUCUUGCGAACGGCGGCGCGCCACAUCCUAGCACACUCGCAAACUAUCCUUUGCGCAAGCACAAGUAUCAAGAAGUACUGUCGAGCCUCAGAACUGUUAUGAUUGAGAAAAUGGUACGCCCGGAAGAGGUUCUUAUCGUGGAAAAUGACGAGGGAGAGAUUGUGCGCGAGUUUGUGAAAGAGAGCGACACCAUCCAACUUUACAAAACGACAAGGGAAUGCUUGGUCUAUCUUACACACCUUGACGUUGUCGACACGGAGACUAUCAUGGCCGAUAAACUCGCUAAACAGGUCGAUGGUACUGAGUGGUCAUGGGCCAACUGCAAUACUUUGUGCUGGGCCAUUGGGUCAAUUUCUGGCGCUAUGAAUGAGGAAACAGAGAAACGUUUCCUGGUCACUGUGAUCAAAGACCUUCUUGGUCUGACGGAACAGAAGCGUGGAAAAGACAACAAAGCAGUCGUUGCCAGUAAUAUAAUGUAUAUUGUUGGCCAAUAUCCAAGGUUUUUGAAGGCUCACUGGAAGUUCUUGAAGACUGUGGUGAACAAGUUAUUCGAGUUCAUGCACGAGACACACGAAGGUGUCCAGGACAUGGCUUGUGAUACGUUCAUCAAGAUUGCCAAUAAAUGCAAACGCCAUUUCGUCGCUCUUCAGCCUGGAGAAACUGAGCCAUUUAUUGAGGAGAUAGUUCGCAACAUGCGAAAGAUUACCUGCGACCUUUCACCACAGCAAAUCCAUACCUUCUACGAGGCUUGUGGUUACAUGAUUUCGGCUCAGGGCCAGAAAGGCCUUCAGGAUCGAUUGAUUGAGAGUUUAAUGGCAUUGCCUAAUUCUGCGUGGGAUGCCAUCAUUGCCCAAGCCAACCAAGACCCUUCCAUAUUGCAGGACUCCGAAACUAUAAAGGUCGUGGGAAAUAUCAUGAAGACCAAUGUUGCGGCCUGCUCUUCAAUUGGCACCUACUUUUAUCCCCAAAUCGGCCGCAUCUACCACGAUAUGCUCAAUAUGUACCGCGCUUCCAGCCAACUUAUCUCCGACGCUGUUGCUAGCGAUGGAACCAUUGCAACGAAAACUCCUCGUGUGCGAGGACUACGUACCAUCAAGAAAGAAAUCCUCAAGCUUAUUGAUACAUAUGUUCAAAAAGCAGACGACCUGGAGAUGGUUAAUCAGAAUAUGGUUCCUCCGUUGCUCGAAGCCGUUCUGCUUGACUACAAUCGAAAUGUCCCCGAUGCUCGAGAAGCAGAGGUAUUGAAUGUUAUGACAACAAUUAUUCACAAGCUUCAUAAUCUUAUGGACGACAAGGUGCCAGUUAUCAUGGAGAGUGUCUUUGAGUGCACUCUCGAGAUGAUUAACAAGGACUUCCAUGAAUAUCCCGAACACCGUGUUCAAUUUUUCAAGCUGCUACAAGCGAUCAACUUAUACUGUUUCCCUGCCUUGCUGAAGUUAGACGGCAAUCAAUUCAAGUUCGUCAUCGACUCGUGCAUGUGGGCAAGCAAGCACGACAACCGCGAGGUCGAGAACACCGGAUUGACCAUGUGUCUUGAACUUAUGAACAAUAUGGCAGAGACAGAUCUGCAGACAUCGAGCAUCUUCUUCCGUCAAUUCUACCUUUCCAUUCUUCAAGAUGUUUUCUUUGUGCUGACUGAUACCGAUCACAAAGCUGGAUUCAAAUCGCAAGCAAUGCUUCUGUCGCGCAUGUUCUACUUUGUUGAGUCCGGCAAGAUUCAAGAGCCCAUCUACUCCCCAGAACAAGCACCAGCUGGGACUUCAAACAAGGAUUUCCUACAAGAAUACGUUGCCAGCCUUCUUCAAUCGGCUUUCAAGAAUCUUCAAGAAAUCCAAAUCAAGCAGUUUGUUAUCGGAUUGUUUGCGUACAACGACGAUUUUACCAAGUUCAAGACACACCUGCGAGACUUUUUGAUCUCUCUCAAGGAGUUCGCGGGAGAUAAUGCUGAACUCUACGCCGAGGAACGAGAACAAGCGUUACAGGAUGCUAAGGCUGCCGAGAGAGAUCGUGCAAUGAAGGUCGGAGGUUUGCUCAAACCAGCCGAUAUGGAUCAGGACGACGAUCUAUAG